AAUCCAAGGAAGCGUGCCGAUGACUCCCGCCAUCUUGCGAAAUAUGUAUUUCCCCGUCAGUACGGGCUCAGUAAUGCCUUUAGCUGUACCAGCACGAAUAGGUACCAGCCGGCACUGACACCAAACUUUUCGAAUCGGGAGUCGGAGAUCAAGGUAUGCCUGAGCCACCCAUUGCGCGGGUGCUUGAAGACACCUAAGCGCGUCAAGCCAGUUCUGAACUUAUUGGAGCAGACCAUAUGGAGACAUGUUACCUGCAGAUACAAGAUUCUAUGUGACGCUGUCUGCCCCUCGAAA